GCCACGAUGUGGGAAGACGUCCCGGGUGAUCUUCCGUCAUUGUCUUGACAGUAUAUAAUCGGCUGGCCGCUGGGCUUGUAUCAUAAGGAGCGAUCAUUCUUUGAGAUCGUCUCUAUUUUAAUCCUUUGUGUGUUUCGGUUCCUUCACCUGCCUCGUAUUUCAGCUCAGGUUUUGUCAUCAGGCGCGGUGAACCCAUGACUUCUUCCACAUGUCUUGUAUCCAUGACAUUGUCGCGACUGCUUUCCCAGCAGUACCUCGUUCUUGUGCUUUCACAGCAGUGCCUCGUUUUUGUGCUUUCACAGCAGUACCUCGUUCUUUGUACUUUCACAAUGUGUCCGACCCGGCUCUGAUGCUACGAGUGCGGCCUAUUUAACGUUGCGAAGAGAUCUACACGAGACACAAGAGUAUUAGGGUAUAGACUGCAUGUGCGUGAUUGAAGAGUACACCGACAUAUACCCAGCAGACGUCCGGCGAAGGCGGGUCCUUCAGCGGUGCCUUUUGGGUAAAUCGGUCGGGUAUUGUUAUCGCACCAGGGUGGUGAAUCUGGGCGAGCGCUUUCACGAUCGCCCGACCACUCACUUCUACGCUCAGCCUAGACCGGUCGAGAUGAAUUCGUUGCGCCACCGGGUUGAUCCACGGGAGCCGCCGCGACCCGCUCGACGCAGCCGCAGCUUUCGCAUUUUAUUUCCAUUCCUGCGACGGAGUCCAGACUCGGAUGACGAGCCUAGUCCGCGCGGUCGGGCACGGUCUCGUCCGUAUGCGAGUACCCCGGAUGUAUCCAUCCAGCGAGAACCACCACAGAUCCGUGUGGUCUCCCCGCGAGUUCCAACCCGGCCUCCACCCCAUCGGCCACGGCCACCAAGAACACCUCAUCCAGUGGUGAUCCAUCAGGAGCUGAGAUCCCCUGCUCGACCAGCCAGAUAUCGUGCACGGCCGGCAGCAGCAGCAGCAGCAGCAGCAGCAGCACCACCACCACCACCACCAGCACCACCACCACAACCGGCAGCAAUUGUUCCUCCGCCCACUCAGCCUCCAACGCCGCCCGUCAAGGUCCGGCCCCCGAGAGAGCGCUCUCCUGUCACAGAACGUGAACCGAUCCGCAAGACACGAUCGACUCCAAGCACCCCGGUUCAAAUCAAUAAUCCCCCAACUCCGCGGCCCGAACCUAACCCCGCCCGGCCCAAGCCCCCGCCGCCCCGCCACGUCCGCUUCUCCGACACGGUAGACCACGUCACCCUAUCCAGCGACGCAUCCUCACUGGUAUUCCCUCCCCGCUACUACAGCCGAUUCAGCAGCAGCGCAAUCCACCGCGACCAUUCCCCAAGCAGCUAUGGCCAUCGACGACCUAGCUCGCCGUUUCCAGCUCCCAGAAGGUAUACGUAUGUGUAUCCUGCCGAUCCUCGGAGUUCGACAGCACCACAAUCACCAGGACGAUAUCGACAAUAUGCACCUGCACCUGCACCGGCACGACUUCGGAGCACUGUAGGUGGGACCGGACAUCCUGCGCAGGUGCGAACGCCAGCGCAGAUCAUCGAAGAGGGACGACCGUUGUAUGAAAGGGCGCGCGCGUAUGAAGAGUUGCAACGACGGAGACAAGAGGAGGAAAUGCAGGCAUCGUUUCAGGGGCGAUGGAGACCACUCAAGCGGGGGUCGGAUCGGUAUACGGCGAUUCGGUCGGGGGAUGAGCGGAUUGCGCGCGAUCAGGGAUAUCCGUCGCGGCGGUGGCAUUGGCCGUAAGCAUGGGAGUGGUUAGAUGAGUUGUACUGGCGUUGGAUUGGACAUUUUUGAUUUCCUAUGUUGGAUGUUGAUGAUGCUUGUUGACUAAUCUGAAUAAGAGUAA